GGGCAACCGAGUGGAGCUGCUGGUCUUCGGCUAUGCCUGCAAGCUGUUCCGGGACGAUGAGCGGGCCCUGGCCCAGGAACAGGGACAGCACCUCAUCCCCUGGAUGGGGGACCACAAGAUCCUCAUCGACAGCUGGCGACUCCGCGCGGUGGAAGCUGCCCGAUCCCGGGCCCCUCCUGACCGGCGCUCCCGCGGGGUCGUGCGCCGCUUUCCUACCAGCUCGGUGUGGCGGGAGGGCAGCCCGACGCGCCGCACGCUGAGGCCGCGGUUAGAAACCUCUCGGACCCCGUGAGUCAGCCUUGAACCUUUCACGCCCCCAGCGCCCUCCUCUCUGGAGCGCCCGCAUUUUGCCGGCCUGACGUUUGACACCCCCGGCCCCUCCUUCCCGCUCUCUGAUAACCGGCGAGUUUGACAGAUUCAGGCCGAGGGUGAAGCUGUCGAUCAGUUGGAGGCCAGUUGACCUCCUGCAGACACUGGCCUUGCUCUUAGGGGUCGUGUUCUUAGGGCUGGUUUCACUGUCUCUUAAAACUGAAGGGUGGUACUGGGAUACAGAUGUGCUUCUUUUCAAAUCAAACCUGCUUUAGGUAAUCACCCUGGAGGGUGUUCAGCCACUAUGGGCAGAGGGGUCCUGGGACGGGGAUUUCUAAAGAUGUUUGAUUUGAAAAGGAUGACAUUACAUGAUGUAGGUUGUUUGCUCCCCUCUCCUCCCCUCCCCUGUUUUUAGUCCCCCUUUCCUUUUCCUCCCCUUUGGGGUUUUUCUGUUUGCUGAUUGGUUUGGGUUUUUGCGGUUUGGCAACUUCACUUCUGGGGCCCCGGACUGAAACGCUAACGUGACCAGCCAUUAAACGUGGAAUAGUCUCUCCAAGUGAAGGAAGCCCAUCGUUUGAGACAAUUAAAACUGGAUUCUACAAAGCCCUGGAACAUGACUGUAGGGAUGACCUCUGUGCUGGCCAGAAUGGACACAUUAGUGACCAAAUAGGCCUUUUUCUAUUCCUGACGUUUCUGUUUGGAGUUAGACCUAGACAACAAGGACUCGUGAAGGGAGGGUUGCCAGUUCAGGUCUGCACCUGAUGGCUCCACUCUCUGCUGAAACGUGCUGUGCCUUUAAACCGUGGUUUCUGUUAAAUGAUGUUGCCUGAGUUGUCAGGCAGCUUGCUUUUCCAAAGUGUUACUUGUGAUAUUUAUUAUUAAAGUUCGGUAAGCAGUGAAGUCUGAGCUCUUUAUACAGUUUUCCAUGUCGUUCUGUAUCUGAUUUGAGUUAGGCCUUCCAAAGCUAGUGGGGAGCAAACGCUACACAUGUAUAUGUGGAGUAUUUUUAAAUGAUGAUCUACAUUUGUAAGUUAAGGAGGUUUACAUCAAAGUAAAAUUUUGAAAUUUAAUAAAAUGCAGUAACUUGGCUACCCUGGAAUUUUUGGGCUGUUUUUCUUGUAAAUGUCUUUUUUUUUUUUGGUAGUAUUUUUUGGUCCUCAUCACAAAAGUCAGCAUUAAAAGAUUAGGGAGACUUUUGUUUGUCUCUCUACAUUUGUUUUUGCAAUCCUAAAUCUGAACGUUUUAAGUAAAAUUCGCUAACUCACUCAUUUAUUAUCUGACAGUUGCACACUGACAGCAUCUUCAUUGACUCCUUUAUGUUAAAAGUAUAGCAGAAAGUGCUCUUCUUAUUCUUAAUUUGACUAAAGUACCUAUUGGUCCAUGCAAGUAAACAUGGAUGUGUCUUCAUGUAUAUUAUUUCCUGGGGGUGUAAAGUUUAGAAGAAAAUAUUUAUACUGCAUCUUCUAAUAGUUUUGCUCUGUUUCCAGUGAACCUCCUUAAACUGCAUGUAUAUGUCACUGUUCCUAUGUAUGUGUGUCUCUCUAUCACAUAACCCAGCACUUAUUUCCUCAGCCAAGUGGCUAGGGGUCGAGCCUAGCCAAGAUUUUACCUCCAAUGGACGCAAGUUUCUUUGGUGAAGAUCUCUCCUGAGAGUUCGGGACUAGCAGAAAGAAGCGAGGAAAUUUCGACCGUUUGGUUCUUACGGAUAGGUAUUUAUGUAUUCGGUUUGUGUGAAUGUAAGCUAUGAUAUUUGACUUUUCCAGAAAAAAAUUUUUUUUUUGCAAAUGGCAUUGAAUGGUUGAUCAAACCAUAAACGGUAAGAAUUGCCAGUGAAAUGGAUACCAUUUAUGCUAUUAAAGGAUCGUUUACCUUUAAUUGUAAAUUUGAUCAUAUUGUAGAAAGGAAUUUAGACUUUGUUAAGAUAACUUGAGUUUAAAAGUAGGUGAGAUAUGACUAGCCAAAUUCAAUAUAAAUCUGAGAAGCAUUUUUGUGUUUGUUUUAAUAUUUUUAUUUCUUUAUUUUAAUCGGUAAGUAUGUAUAUAAAACAUCACACAGACACCAACCUAGACGUUAAUUUCUUUCCGUUGACCAGUGUGUUCAUAUUACAGAUAUGAUGGGCGCGGUCACCUGCAUGACCUUUCUGAGUACGAUGCUGAGUAUUCCACAUGGAACAGAGAUUACCAGCUCUCUGAAGAGGAGGCACGAAUAGAUGCCCUGUGUGAUGAAGAGAGAGGAAGAAUACAAGCGCUUGAGUGAAGCCCUAGCAGAGGACGGGAGCUAUAAUGCGGUGGGAUUCACUUAUGGUAGUGACUAUUAUGACCCGUCAGAACCCACCGAGGAAGAGGAGCCUUCUAAACAGAGAGAAAAAAAUGAGGCUGAAAAUUUAGAGGAAAACGAGGAGCCUUUCAUUGCCCCUUUAGGAUUGAAUGUCCCGCCUGACGUGGAGCUGCCACCAACAGCCAAAAUGCAUGCUAUCAUUGAGCGCACCGCCAACUUCGUAUGCAAACAGGGAGCACAGUUUGAAAUCAUGCUGAAAGCCAAGCAGGCCCGAAACUCUCAAUUUGACUUUCUACGUUUUGAUCACUACCUCAACCCCUACUACAAAUUCAUCCAGAAAGCUAUGAAAGAAGGACGAUACACGGUACUGGCAGAAAACAGAAACGAGGACAAAAAGAAGUCAGGGGUCAGCUCUGACAAUGAAGAUGACGAUGACGAAGACGACGGCAGUUACCUGCACCCGUCUCUCUUUGCUUCCAAGAAGUGUAACCGCCUAGAAGAGCUAAUGAAGCCUCUGAAGGUGGUGGACCCGGAUCACCCCCUUGCGGCGCUGGUCCGUAAAGCCCAGACUGACAGUCCCGCCCCCACCCCACCCACAGCAGAUGGCGGAGCCGUGCAGCCCUCCCAGGUGGAAUACACCACUGACUCGACGGUGGCCACCAUGUACUACAGCUACUACAUGCUGCCCGAUGGCACCUACUGCCUGGCACCUCCCCCACCAGGGGUUGAUGUAGCCACUUACUACAGCACCCUGCCUGCCGGAGUGACCGUGUCCAGCUCCGCCGGAGUGACGGCCACCGCCCCACCGCCUCCUGGGACCACACCACCACCCCCGCCAACCACAGCAGAGACAAGUGGUGGGGUGACCUCCACCACCAUCACCACAAGUGCACUUGCUCCUGCGGCUGCCAUCAUCCCCCCGCCCCCCGACAUCCAGCCCGUGAUUGACAAGCUGGCAGAGUACGUGGCUAGGAAUGGCCUUAAAUUUGAGACCAGCGUUCGUGCCAAGAAUGAUCAGAGAUUUGAGUUCCUACAGCCGUGGCACCAGUAUAAUGCCUACUACGAGUUUAAGAAGCAGCUCUUCCUCCAGAAAGAAGGGAGCGAAAGCACGCAGGCUGUGUCAGCACCGGAAGAGGCCCCUGCAGAAUCUGCUCCUGAAAAACCGAGUGACAUUGGGGAGGAUGGUGUGUCUGAAGACAUGGCCGACGCGGGAGGAAGAGGCGGCUCGGGGGGGAAGAAGGAGGCAUCAUCCAGUAAAACCGUUACGGACGGGAAGCUAGUGAAAGCUUCGUUUGCUCCAAUAAGCUUUGCAAUCAAAGCCAAAGAAAAUGAUCUGCUUCCCCUGGAAAAAAACCGUGUGAAGCUAGAUGAUGACAGUGAUGAUGAUGAAGAAAGCAAAGAAGGCCAAGAAAGUUGUAGCAGUGCUGCGAACACUGCUCCGGCAGUGGCCCCACCCUGUGCAGUCGCGGAGGAGAAGCGGCCUCAGCUGACCCAGGAGGAGCUAGAAGCAAAGCAAGCAAAGCAAAAGCUGGAGGACCGGCUCGCAGCUGCCGCCAGGGAGAAGCUGGCACAGGCGUCCAAGGAGUCCAAGGAGAAGCAGCUCCAGGCAGAGCGCAAGAGGAAAGCGGCUUUAUUUUUACAGACCUUGAAAAAUCCUCUGCCAGAAGCUGAAGCUGGAAAAGCUGAGGAGAAUCCCUUCAGCGUAGAGGACGCCAGCACUGUGCCCUGUCCUCUGUUGACUGGAGGCAGACCUCUGCCAACUGUAGACAUUAAACCCCCAGAAGGGCCCUCAAGCAAAAGCAAAGACCCGCCAAGAGAAGAAGAGAAAGAGAAGAAGAAGAAAAAGCACAAAAAACGGUCUCGAACAAGAUCACGCUCUCCCAAGUACCAUUCAUCGUCCAAGUCCAGGUCUAGAUCCCACUCAAAAGCAAAGCAUUGUCUUCCCAGUGCCUAUCGGACAGCGCGGCGCUCGAGACCCACAGCCUCCCCCGAGACACUGAGCACGGAGCCCUGUCAGAGCAGCUCGUCAGUGGCAGCAGCAACAGAGCAAGACAAUUAUCAGGCAGCUUCGACCACGAACAGAUUUGACUCCUGGAGCUCUUUUGAGGGAAAACCUGGUAAAAUGUCAAGGUCCCGAUCCCGGUCCCCUCGGAGAAGAGCUCACUCUCCUGAGAGACGGAGGGAAGAAAGAAGUGUCCCCACUGCCUACCGGAUGAGCAACAGCCCUGGAGUCAGCAGGAAGCGGACCCGGUCCAGAAGCCCCCAUGAGAAGAAGAAGAAGCGGCGCUCGCGGUCCCGGACCAAGGCCAAGGCGGGGUCUCAGUCGGCGUCCCCAAGCAAGCAAGCCACACGCAGGCACUCGGCCCACUCGGCCAGCAUCUCUCCCGUGGAGAGUCGAGGCUCCAGCCAGGAGCGCUCCAGGGGGGUUUCUCAGGAAAAAGACGGUCAGAUCUCUUCAGCGAUUGUUUCUUCUGUGCAGAGCAAAAUAACUCAGGACCUCAUGGCCAAAGUAAGAGCGAUGCUCGCAGCUUCCAAAAACAUGCAGACCAGUGCCUCCUGAGGCACAGGCGGCUGGGCGGGACGGCCCGUGCCGCUGACUGUGGGCGACAGUGGGCGCUGCUCCCUGGUGGCUGCGGUUACAGAAGCCGGAAGGGCUGCGAAGCCCCCUUCUGCACAGACCCAUCACAGAACACUGUCCAGAUUCUCCCCUGGGGACUCCCUUGGACAGUUGGUGGUUUUUGUAAAUUAAUUUUUGAUGACAUUCUCAGUUUAAGAUUUUUGACCAGCAGUCUCUUACCUGUAUAUUUGUAAAUAAUAUCAUGUUUCUGUGAAAAUGUAUUAUCAAAUAAAAUGAGAGGAAAACACCUUUUCUAGCUA